AAUGUUACAGUCGUGUAAAGGGAAAGGAAGCGUGACGAACCUAAAAAAGCCUUGCGAUAACAAUGAUUCAGACCAGUUAAAUACUUGUAUUGUAGAUAAUCAAAGCGUAAACGGAGAGGAUGAUUUAAUAGUAAAGCCAUUAAAAUAUGAUUUAUCCCAGAAACCUGCUAGUUCAACGCUUGGUAAAUUUUUCAAAAGAGGAAAUACUUCGAAAAGCAGAUUAGAAAGAGAUCAAUUUGAGGCAACAACAAACGAUAAUGAUAAUGACAAUAAAAUAGAAUUGAAUACGCCUGAGAAUUCUCUUAUGGUAAAUUCAAUGAUGACUAGAGCCAGGCUCUGGGCAAAUAGGCACAAAGAGAGGCUUGUGCAUAAAAAUGGUGAAUGUAAUUUAGCCUAUACGAAUGUACCCGAGAAGAGCUUUAGGUUUAUUUUAGACAUUUUUACAACUUUAUUAGAUAUGCAAUGGACUUAUACACUAUUAAUAUGCAUAUUUGUAUUGUUGUCUUCAUUCUUAAUCUUUGCGGUUGAUUGGUUUCUAAUUGCCUUAGCAAAUGGAGACACUAAUAGGAAAUUCGACAAUGAUGAAGAUUUGGAGGCUGCCUGCGUUCAAUACGUUAACGAUUUCACUUCCGCAUUCUUAUUUUCUAUUGAAACUCAACAUACAAUUGGUUAUGGGAGAAGGGUUAUUAAUACCAAAUGUCGUUUUGCCAUUAUAUCAUUAUGUCUUCAAUCCUGCUUUGGUUUACUAGUUCAGUCAUUAUUUACUGGUUUAAUAUUCGCCAAAUUGUCAAGGCCAAAGCGUAGAGGUGAAACAAUUAUGUUUUCGGAGAGGGCAGUUAUUUGCUUUCGAGAUGGAAUCUAUUGUCUCAUCUUUAGAAUGGGAGAUAUGAGAAAUCAACACUUUAUAGCCGCAUCCGUCAAAGGUCUUCUACUUCGGAAUAAACGGUCGGAUAAUGGAGAAAACGUUCCAAUUAAACAGGAAACUCUUCAUAUGCUCUCCGAAAAUUCCGAUGAUAAUUCAAUAUUUUUAGGGUGGCCUUGCAAUAUUAUUCAUAAGAUAACUAGCGAAUCGCCUCUCUUUAAUCUCAGCGCUGAUAGCAUUCUUGAAGAAUGUUUCGAGUUGGUCGUCAUUCUAGAGGGAACUAUCGAGGCAUCGGGAAUGACUGCACAAGUAAGAACUUCCUAUCUACCGGGAGAAAUUCUUUGGGGACACAAGCUCAAACCUUUAAUCACUUAUCAAAAGUUUAACUGCCGCUACAGAAUUGAUUAUUCAGACUUUCACGAUACAAUACCGAUACAGGAUAUGCCCGAAUGUUCCGCUAGAGACUAUGCUAACAAAACUGUCGUUCCUAACUUUAGCACAGAAGAUAAUUGGGCAACUCUAUCGUUGAAGGGAAAGAGUACCGAAAAGCGACGCUUCUCCAAGAGGAAAUCGACAGAUAUAAGGGGAGCUUUUAAAAAGUUUAAGAGGUCGUCCAUCGGGACUAGACAUCACGAAUCAAUGGAUAGGUAG